UUCUCUCUUUGUCAUGCAAAAAACAUAUAUAAACCAACCCCACCACCAUAAAUAUAUAUAUAUAUAUAAACUUCAGAGAGAGAGAGAGAGAAGAGAAGCAGGAUAACCAUGAAGAGGGAUGGUUCAUCAACAUCAUCAUCAAGCAGGAGUGAGAGUGAUAAGGAGAGAACAAAACUGAGAGAGAGACAGAGAAGAGCUGUUACCACCAGGAUCUUCCAUGGACUCAGGAAAUAUGGUGGUUACCAGCUCUCACCACGCUCUGAUAUCAAUCAAGUCCUCCGUGAACUCGCCAAGGAGGCUGGUUGGGUUGUUGAGCCUGAUGGCACCACCUACCGCUAUAAGGUUGUGAGCCGGUGCCCAACUUGUGGGGUGAUCCCAAAUACAAGCACCAACACGACACCUACCACCAGCAGCACCGUCAUUGCUUAUGGUGGUGGUGGUGGAGGAGGAGGAGGAGACUGCUCUCCAACCACGUCGCCACGCUGCAAUAUCGAUCCCACAAUGAUCAACCCCUACAACAACAACAGCCAUGCUGGGUCUACAUCCUUGUAUGGUCAUGAACAUGGCUCUGCAGGUAGUUUUACAAGUGAUGUUGACAAUAAUAAUCCUCUUGCAUUCUACAUGUACAAUGGACUAGCUAGCGCGCUCCACCACCCAUCCACAGCCACAACCGCGGCCGCCCCCAUCGGAGGUGGAAUGAAGGUGCAGAUACCAAGUCAGCAGCAGCUUCAAGGGACGUACAUCCAAGAGGCAAGGGCAUCUAACCAGAACACGCCUGUGGGAUCACUAGACCAGUAACUGGGAGUCUUAAAUUCCAAAAUUUUCCUCAUGUAUAUCCUGAAAUUUACCACUGCUAGAAAGGAAGUAGGAAGUAGAAACAUGAAAAAAAAAAAAACAAAAAAAAAAAAACAAU